AUGUUCUGGUUGGUUAUCGUGUUUCCUAUUCUUUCAGUUGGACAAUUUUCUUGUGUGCAGGCUUUUGCUAGCAUCGUAACUACACUUUACACGUUUAGAAUGUUAAUAUGGGCUAAAGAUGUGACAAUACAAGUUGACAAGCACAAUAUAAAAGAGCAUUGGUCAUUUUUUGUUACGCUUUUUGAUAUUCGAAAUCAGGUGUUAGCGGAACCUCGUAAUCAGACUCGGUAUCAUCCAAUAACUGGUUCUGGAGAAAUUGCGCCACAUGUACGCAAUCUGAAAAGCGCCACUCAAUUACGACUCCCAACAAAACCGUAUUUAUUACAAUUCAUUAAAAAGCGAUUAUUUGUGCUAUUCGGAAAAUUGUUACUUUUUACGAUAAUAAGAACGUGUAUCGAAUAUAAGCGUCCCGCAGUAUAUGAUGGAUUUUAUUUUAAUCGAGUUAUAGAGCUUUUGAGAAUUUUGGCAAACAAUUAUUAUUAUAACGAAGAUAACCAAAAUGUGAAUUAUGCAUCAACUCCACUGUUAUAUGAGAUAUUUGGUUAUGCAUUAGUUGCUGGAUACCUUUAUGCUGCAGUCAAUUUCAUUUACGAAAUUGUAAUAAUUAUUAUUGCAUCAAUUCUUUAUCCAUUACUUCCGGUUGAUCAAGAAAAAACAAAUAUAAUAAUUGUGAAUGACAAUUCUUCGACAAUCAACCCCUUCUUCCUAUCACCUAAACAACAAAUUUGCGUACGAGGAUGGUGCACCCACAUGAUUUUCUAUUCUCCAAAAGUUUUGAAUAAUCCGGGAUUAUCAAUCUCACCACGUGAUUUUUGGUCAAAUCGAUGGCACCAAGUAUUCCAAGAGCAAUUCAAAAAACUCGCUUUAUUACCAACAUAUAAUUUUGUGAUAAAGCUCAGUGGAAAUAACAGUAUUGCUCAAGCUUCUGGGGUGCUUUCUUGUUUUACACUGAGUGGAUUAAUACACGAGUAUUUCGUGUACGCACUUGCUGGUAAUAUGAGCAAUUUUGGACAUCAAAUGGGAUUUUUUGUGUUCCAUGAAAGAGACAAGAUGGGAAAAACAAUUUUCGAUACGGAAAAGAAGAAUGUGGUUAUUAUUUUUGGGAAGAGAGACCGAAUUGGAUAA